ACCGGGCGCGGCGGCGGGCGGAGCCUCCCCGCCGCUCGCCCCUCCGCCCGGCCGCUGCGGCAGUGUCUCGGAGGCGGGCAGGCGGCCGGUCCCUCCGGUCCCCCCGGCAGCAUCCCGGCCCCGCCAUGGCUGGCGUCGGCUUCGCGGCGCACCGCCUGGAGCUGCUCGCCUCCUACCAGGACGUGAUCGGCGAGGACAGCCCCACCGACUGGGCUCUCUACACGUACGAGGAUGGCUCCGAUGACCUGAAGCUGGCAGCAUCAGGAGGCGGAGGUUUGCUGGAGCUCUCUGGCCACUUUGAGAUCCAGAAGGUGAUGUACGGCUUCUGCAGCGUCAAGGACCCCCAGGCCGUGCUCCCCAAAUACGUCCUCGUCAACUGGGUAGGUGAGGACGUGCCAGAUGCCCGCAAAUGCGCCUGCGCCAGCCACGUAGCCAAGAUUGCCGAGUUCUUCCAGGGCGUGGAUGUCAUCGUCAACGCCAGCAGUGUGGAGGACAUCGACCCCGGGGCCAUCGGGCAGCGGCUCUCCAAUGGUCUGGCCCGGGUCUCCAGCCCGGUGCUGCACCGCCUGCGGCUGCGGGAGGACGAGAACACCGAGCCCGUGGGCACCACGUACCAGAAAACCGAUGCCACCGUGGAGAUGAAGCGGCUCAACCGAGAGCAGUUCUGGGAGCAGGCCAAGAAAGAGGAGGAAUUACGCAAGGAGGAAGAGAGGAAAAAGGCUCUGGAUGCCCGGCUGCGGUUCGAGCAGGAGCGGAUGGAGCAGGAGCGGCUGGAGCAGGAGGAGCGGGAGCGGCGCUACCGGGAGCGCGAGGAGCAGAUUGAGGAGCACAGGCGGAAGCAGCAGAGCAUGGAGGCAGAGGAGGCCCGGCAGCGCCUGAAGGAGCAGUCCAUCUUCGGGGAGCAGCAAGAGGAGGACGACAGGCAGCAGCUCAGGAAAUCAGAGUCGGAGGUGGAGGAGGCUGCUGCCAUCAUCGCUCAGCGGCCCGACAACCCCCGGGACUUCUUCAAGCAGCAGGAGCGGGUGGCAUCGGGCAGCAGCGACGCCAUCUCACCGGGCAGCCACAGGACAGGUCGUCUGCACUGUCCUUUCAUAAAGACAGCUGACAGUGGGCCGCCUUCCUCCUCCUCCUCAUCCUCCUCCCCCCCGCGGACCCCCUUCCCCUAUAUCACCUGCCACCGCACCCCAAAUCUCUCCUCUUUCUUUCCAUGCAGCCAGUCGGACGCGUACCGCAAGGCCUCGGCAGCGGGCUGCAGCCCCUGCGAGCGCAGCCCCGCUGCCACGCCGCUGGGCACGCCGGGCACCCGCGUGCCGGGUGACGACACACCAGCAGCGCCCAAAGACACCCCCAGCCCCAGCACCCAGGAGGCCGAGCCAGCCACCCCCGAGCAGCACUGGCCCUUCCCGGGGCCUGAGGACAAGGCCACCGAGCCCCCCGGGGACGAGCCCAGCCCCAGGCCGGUGUGGACAGCGGGGGGUGACAUCCUGGGGGACCUGGUGACCCUGGAGCCCGCUGAGCCCUCCCCGCCACCCACGGCCACCGAGCCCCAGCCCGGGGGGACCCCCAACCCCGAGAGCCUCAUCGACCUGUGGCAGAGCGACGGGGCUGCCCCCCCGGCUGCCUGGCCCCUGCCUGCUGCCCCUGUCCCCGAGGGACCCCCGGCUGCUCUGCCCGACGAGGGGCCCCUGCUCAGCCUGGAUGAGCUGCCCGAGCCCCCCGCCACCUUCUGCGAUGCGGAGCAGGAGGAGGAGGAAGAGGAGGAGGAGGAGGCAGCCGGUGGGGGGGGCCCCCAGCCCGGGGGGCUCGGCUGCCAGAGUGCCCCCCAGGAGGAUGUCCCGGGCCGAGAGACCCCCCCCAUCACCAACGGGGAGAUGGCCCCCAAGGAUGGGACGCCGGGUCGUGGGGAGCAGGCCAGCGAGGGCUACUUUAGCCAGUCCCAAGAGGAGGAGGUGCCCCCCCCCGAGGAGCCAUCGGCCAAAGCCCCCCAGCCUGUCUUCUACAACAAGCCCCCAGAGAUUGACAUCACAUGCUGGGACGCAGACCCCCUGCCCGAGGAGGAGGAGAGCUUCGGGGGGGGUCUGUAAGCCCAGGCCCCGCUGCCGGCACCCGCAGCUUGCCCUGGCCGGCGGGGGGCAUGGGGGGGGGGCACAGUUGGGGGCCUGGACCCCCCCCGUUACCCCGCUGGAGCCCCACAGGCUGAGGCCUCCGGGUGGGGGCCCCCCCGCUGCACCCCCACCCCGGGGCACCUUUUGCAGCCCCCCCAUCCCCUCUCUUUUUUAAGUUGUCAAUAGGAGCCGUGUCAGCCCCCAGCUCCCCAUUAGCAGCUCCCCCCCCCCCCCCGCUGCCCCAGCGCCCCUUUGGAGGGGGGGGACACGACACACGCUCGCAUCCCUUGCCCAGCUAUGGGACAGGGUCCUCGUUCUCUUCGUGCCCCCCCCCGGGAGUCCCCAGUACUUUGCACGAGUUAAAAGCAAAAAAGGAAUAAUACUAAUAAUGGAUGAAUAUGGCAAUAAAGUGACCUGACCGAGCGAGGCUGCGGCCAGCAGUGCCCCCCCCCGACCCAAACCCCAGCAGGGAGCUGGUGUGGGGAUCCCCCCCCUCCCUUCUUUCCUUGCUGGGAGCCCCCCCCCCCAUUCCCUAUCCCUUUCCCCAUUCCCGAUGACUGUUUUUGGAAAGCACAAGUUCUGUACCGGCGGUGUGCUCAUGUCUGUUAAUAAAUAAAGAGACUCCCA